AUGAUCAAACCGAGAUCAUAUAAGUAUCUGGUUAGCAUUAUGGUACUAAAUAAGUUUAGAGCCUGAAAACCGCACUUUAUUUGCUUCUAAACUGUAAGCAGUGCAUAACGACAUGCGUGGAUCCGGAGCAAACAGGAGGAUUCAUUUUCUAUGGUGUAAAACUCUGCUGAUAUUCAUCUUUGUUUUGAACGUGGCUCUGUUCGUCAUGUUCAACGGCCUUUUUCUUCACUACAGUGACCCGUUAGGUGAGUGUGCCACAGUCAAAAUGUUUAGCAGUGAUUGAAGUAAACAGCGAAGUAAUUUGAACAUACGUUUAAAAGAAGUGAUACCCCGAAGCACUUGAACUCUACAAUGGUAAAUAUUUCAGCUAUGCCUGAGCCUUCCCCGUUUAUAAUGGUGUGAUAUUUUACAAAAUUUUGAAAAGCAUCCCUCGAGUGAGUAAAAUUUGAAUGAAAAGGUGUAGUUUUGAUCUCGUUUCAGGCGCAUCUUUGUUGACGAUUCAUGUUAAUUAGCAUGACGAUUCAUCGUCUGUGAGAUCACAAAGAGUCAUUUCUGAAUCGAUUCCAUUGACACAACCAGCAUUUUCCGAACAUUUCUCCUUAAUAAUAUCUGUCUUUUUCGGCAAAACGAUUUUGAAGACUUUAAACUCUAUAAAGAGGGUAUCUUCGUUAAAUUAUCAGUCGCUUUUAACGUCCAAACAUUUUUUAUUUCCCCAUGGUCUGACAUUUUCCCGGGAAUUCCACACAACAUCUUCGAUACAGUCAUAUUUCGUCCACAAUAUCUUGAGAAUCAGUGAAUUAUUUAAAUAAAACAGUGAACUUUAAAAAAAUUUUCCAUUUUUUUAUUCAAAACAAGGAAGACAUUUUGCCUGUGAAGAUGGAAAGCCCUCAACAAACAAUGCAUACUUAAGGGAAUGAAAGCGUUGCCAUUGGUUAUCAGACCGAACAAAGUACUCUCCACGAUUCCGUAACGAGAAUCGAUGUAAUGAAACCAACAGAGAAUAAUAAUGUAUUGUUCAUUUACGAUUGUUCUACAUUGAUCAGUUGAUGUUUGAUUAAUUUUCUUUCAUUAGUUUUUUCCGUUUCGUUUGGCCUUGAAUCGUUUUUCUGAACGCAAAACAGUAAAAACCAGAGUAAGAGAACUUAGUUUAAGUAGUGUAAGUCUUUAUCAAACUACAAAUUAAACAUUUUGUUAAACGGUGAGCACGUGCAGAUUGCACUCAUUUUAACAUCAUCUUUUUUUACAGAUAGCGAUUCUACCAAUUUUAAAUUUCAAGUUUUAGAAAGCGAAAAGUCCUAUGAAAAUCCUUAUUCAGAAGAGACUGAAGAGAAUCCGGUGUUAAGCAUAGAUAAAAUCACACUUCCAGAUCAGAAAGAAAAUGAAAACUUCCUCAUUGAUGACGAAGAUUAUAAAGAUGACAACGAAGACGAUGAUGAAAACGGCGACGGCAAUGACAGUCAAAUCGACGACGACCAGCGUACUGAAGAAAAUGAGUAUUACGAGGGUGAUAAUCAUAAAGAAAUAAAAGAAGAACAGCAGCAGAUAACAGGAGAGAAAGAAUUCGAAGACACUGCGACUGUCUCAUAUGGUACUCCGCAAAUUAAGUUUCCCGCACAAAAGGAAGUAGAGGGAGAAGGCGAAGGAGUAGAGGAAGGAGAGGAAAAAGAAGAAGGCAAAGAAAAGAAAGAGAAUGAAAAUAAAGAACACACAACGUUUGUUCCACAUAAUACUCAGAAAAUGAACCUUAGCGGUGAACUAAGCUUUUCACUUGACCAAAACGUGACAAUUCCUUCGCACUCCCUCACCGUUGGAAAUUUUUCUCAACCAACGAAGAAGCCUUCAAUCAAUAUUCCACUAAAUGCAGAAACUACUACAACAGAGAAGGACAAGCCACCUGUGGACAAACUUGCUUUUGUUGCAGCCGAGCCAAUUACUCAAGAAGUCUUGGACAGAAUAGCAGAAGAUAUGGAAGUCCGUUUUGAAGUGUUGGAGGAUAUAAGAAAAGCGAAAGUAGCUUUACGAAAUCAAGGAAUGAAAGCAAUUGAUGGAAAUCGAUGGUCUGUUCAUUUUUGUGUAACAACUGGAAUGGAACAUGCCCAUCUUGUGCGCAGGCCGGAAGGGUACGUCCUCCCGAAUCAAACGUCAAUAAAACUCACGCAUUUUAAUGGAUGUGCUUAUAAGUUAGAACCCACAAAGGACUUCAAGCCUAUUCUUCCUGGGAACUCGCUAGAAUUUUGGGUGAACAUCGGGCCAACGAUUGCUCGGAGUGACUUGGGACCUCGAUGGUACGUUGCUGCAGAAGGGUUGCAACCAAGGGUCAUUUCCAAUACUGCUGAUGAGAGUCUGGACUUUGUGUUCCUUUCAAAAAGAAAAAGAUCCUGGGAUAGGUUUGGACAUAAUGAUGUGGAAGAUCUUGGAACAGCACCUCUUUUGGUGAUUCCAACGCCUUUAGAGAUUUUAGGAUUGAACGUAUCCAGGAAGAUUCACAUUGAUAGCGAAUGGGUCGUGGUUGGAGAGCUUGGGUUAGAAAAUGAGGCAAAGUUCGUUGCAGGUGAUACACGAUUUUACUGUCUGACGAGCGUGUUAAGUUUUUUAUAGCUUUUUUUCAGUAGAAACUCUAAAAUACCAAAUAGAUAAAAAGGGACAAAAGGCUAGUUACAAAAGAGACCAGAUCUCCAUCGGUUCACAAUUUGCCUCUUCAAUUCCUCAUAUUCAGGUUGUGUAGGGAAAACUUGCGGUAUCAUAUAAAGCUCAGCAUAUUUCAAAAGUAUGUCCAGUCAGAGGAAAGUUUUUCAAAGUUUUUAACCUCGUUUGAUCCUACAUGUAAAAUACUUACAGUUGUUUAUAUCUCUUAGGUUAGGCCUAAAACUUAAAUAACUAUGUUUAACUUAGCUUGUUAAGCCUAAAUUAAUCCACGAUCCGAUUCAUUACUCUAUACAGAUAAGCUACAAUUGCAAAAGUUUUUGUCUCAAACAAAUGACAGAAGAGUUAUCGAGCUCAGGCUUGAUGAGACACAACUCGAAACGACAAAGGAUGGGGGAACAAAGUUGAACCAGUCUUCCAGUGAAGCAUACCAGCUGACUGUGGAUGCUACUGAGGAGUUAAUCACCAUCACAGGAACUGGAAAUGUUGGUGUGUUCUAUGGUAUCCAGACUCUUCUCGCUCUUAUGGAUGACCAAGGCUUGGUUCCCCAGGUCUCAAUAAGAGAUUCACCUCGUUUUCCGUACCGAGGGUUGAUGGUCGACGUUGCUCGCAAUUUUCAACCAAAGCAGGAAAUUAUGAAGCUUUUGGACGUCAUGGCGAUGUACAAAAUGAACAAACUUCAUUUUCAUCUCUCAGAUAAUGAAGGGUGGAGACUGGAAAUACCAGGAAUAGAGGAGUUGACUUUGGUGAGGGACUGGUCCUUAUCUAUCGAAUGGGAGAGGGGGGAAGGGGAUCAAAAUAAUACAUUUUGCCUGAUCCCCCCUAAGGCUCUGUAGUAUUCUAAUGAUCCCCCCUCAUUACCAGUUAAUUUUCCUUUAUCCCCCUUUAUACUCUGUUAGGAACAACUGAUCCCCUCUCUGUCCCCCUUGAAAAUUAUUUGAUCUCUACCAAAAACUUGAAACAUCCCCCCCCCCCAACCACCACCACCGGCGAUGGAAAACUUACUCAUCCUGUGGUCUUUCUUAAAACGACUUAAAAUGUGUAAUUGCCUAUCGAAAUUGUGGAUUUUCCCCACAAUUGAAGCAGCUCUUUUACGAUUGUUUACGUAAAUUGAUGUCCAAGAUGGUGUGAACCUUCAUCUACGGGUACUGGAGUAAGUUCUAAAAGCCAUGGGAUUCAGUCUAGUAUGCAGACUUUCCCUUAGUUUAGAAAAAUUCAGGACAAGGAUUAACUUCAAUUUUUUUUACUCUGAGGUUGGUGGUAAAAGAUGUUACGACGAGAAAGAAAAGACUUGUAUUUUAUCUCAACUCGGUUCAGGCCCCGACACCACCACCUCGGGAACUGGGCACUACUCUACCGAAGACUAUCGGGAAAUUCUCCGUCACGCGACACAACUUCACAUUCAAGUGAUUCCAGAGUUCGACUUUCCAGGUCACAGUCACGCAGCUAUCAAAAGCAUGAUAUCUCGGCAUGACAGACUGCUACAUGAAGGGAAGGAGAAAGAUGCGACGAUGUAUCUCCUCAACGAUUUCAGAGAUGAGUCCCGGUAUUUUUCGGUGCAAGCGUUCACCGACGAAACCGCUUCUGUUUGUUUGAACUCAACAUACGACCUAAUGGAGUACGUCCUACAUAUGAUAACGACCUUGCACAGCGAUAUUCAACCGCUGACCGUGUUUCACUUUGGAGGAGAUGAGGUUCCUGGCGGGGCGUGGCAGAAAUCACCAGAGUGUGAAAAACUAGCUAAGAUUUUAAACAUUGGAUAUCGUACCCCUCAGACGCACAAGCUGUUAAAGGCAUACUUCUUGAAGCGUAUUUCGAAUAUCACGGCAAAAAAGGGUAUUAAUUUGGCUGGCUGGGGAGAUUACCUAUUUGAGCAUACUACACGUACGGUAUUACCACGGGAAUUUUUCUUAAAUAAGGAAGUAUACUCGUUUGCAUGGAGCACAACUGGAGCUUCAAGAAAUAAUCACGAAGUGUCUUUAAUGGCUAAUCACGGAUAUAAGGUGACUGCUUUUAACUGUUUUUCCAACUGUAUUCUUGCAAUGUUUUGAGAACUCAUAGUCGGAGCUUUUUUUUAUAGAAUGGGGUUCAAUAAAACCAAGUGGGAGACGUUGCUCGACGGAUCGAGGAUUAAAAAAUUCGUAUUGGCUGAGGCGAUUGGCUCUCGUCUGAGAGGUCUGGGCUUCAGCUCUUGCAGGUCACUGUGCUGCGCUGUUGAAUGAGACACUCCCGUUUUACAGUGCCACGCCUCGACCAGGAGUGUCAACUGUCAGGGAUACUUAACAAAAUCCAGGGGGAGGAGGGGUGUGACAAAAAGAUCCUCAAAGGUUUUUCCUAUAAGGAAUCACUUAAAAUGCAGAAAAAAAGCAGUAUGAAGGACUUCAGAAAGUCUUAAACUGGAUUGGUUUUUAUUUAGUAUAACCACGAAAUUCUUUAUUUGAUGUUCUAGAUAUUCCUUUUCGUGAAGCUCUAAAAUUUGUCCCAUCUCAAGAUGCAGUUUGCUAAGUCCAGUCUCAGCAUGUUCAUGGAGGCACAUGUUCACUCCUAGACUCGACAUCAUUUUUCGGGCUUUAAUUUCCCGCUUUCUUUAACUGCAUCUCACAUGUUACGACUAAUCAUCAUUCAUCAUCCACAGAUCAGAUAUAGCUAAUCCAAUGUAUUAUUGGUACAUUUCAGGUUGUGCUCUCAAACCCUGAUUACAUCUAUCUUGAUCAUCCUUACGAACCCAACCAGGACGAAAGAGGGAAGUACUGGGCAACCCCCUAUUCAGACACUCGCAAAAUAUUCAACUACAUGCCAGAUAGCCUCUAUGAAGACAUCGAUCACAUAAAAAACUGUACUAACUUAAAGGGUUGCGUGGACGGACGAAGAAAUGUCUUAGGUAGGAGGGCUUAUGUUCAAUCGCUAACUCAGUUCUAGACUCAAACAUAUUAAAUCAUUCUCCGUGUUUAUCCCAUAGGUGUCGAGGCAGCAGUCUGGGGCGAGACAAUAAGAACCCCUGAUCACAUGUUCCGCAUGUUGUUCCCACGUCUUCUUGCGUUGGCGGAACGGGCUUGGCACAAAGCACCAUGGGAAACGAUAGGCGACAGGAAGGCACAAGAUCGUGAAAGGACUGGCGACUGGGUGAAGUUUGCGAACACUCUUGGUUAUAGAGAGCUGGGUCGGCUCGACAAAAUGAACGUUAAAUACCACUUAACACCACCAGGAGCAAGGUAGGAAUAGACUUUGGCUAAGCAAAACCCGAGAGAAGAUUAAUCUCUGUUACUGAGUCUUCUACAUCGGGAGUGGAUCCAGAGAAAGGGUACCGAAUUCAAGACCACCCGCUCCUUUCGCCAUCAGAACUGUGUUUUUUUUAACUUGUCUGACACAAAAAUUAUUCCAACGGGGGGAUAGUCGACAUGCGUCUUUGAGUGGUACUUUUUAAUGGUCUGACAAGUAAUAACGAGUAAAGGGGGGCCCAUGUAGGAGGGGGGAGGGGGGACGGGCAUGGAUUGGCCAAGAUGCAAUUUUCUACUCAAAAAGGUAUUGUUGUCUGAAUCAACGUUUAGACCCCUCCAAUUAAAACUCGCUUGACCCGUCCCUGCACAUGGGUCUUAUACGAGAGUAAAUCCCUUGUUGCGCUUUUGUUGGAUAACUUCAGAAAUCGCGGAUCUUAAGAAGAUCUGAAAUUUUAUAUUUUCGACGAUUACAUUAAUGACUCGUUGACUUGAAAAAAGCUUUUCUCGUACAUCCACAACUUGACAAUCAUUAGCUAUCGUGGUAAUGAAUACGCAGUACUUGUAAUAUCAGUGGAAACUCAUUAACAGGAGAUUUAUCAUCAAUAAUAAGGCAGCUAGAUGAUGUCAAGUGACCCACUCUAGAUUUGUAGAUAAGAAACUUGAAGUCAGAGCUAUGCUGCCAGGUCUACGUGUUGAGUAUUCUACAGACGAUGGAGUCACGUGGAAUGACGUCGCACUUGAAACUGAGGUUGACAGGAGAGUUAAGUUGAGGACAAGGUAUGAAUUUUUUCUCUGAAGAAACCGCUAGUAUACUGCUUGGUAUCAUCCGAAAAGAAUGGCAAUAUUAGUGUCCAAUACAUAUCAACAGAUACCGAAUUUAACGAAAAGAGCCGAAUGUGAACAACUUGUGCAAAUCAUGAUAUUUAGGUAUCCUGCUUGAAAAGUGCUUGCAUGCCUUUGUUGGAACAUACACCUUAAUCAAAAUUCAGGAGAACUAUGCGUGUAUCUUGGUCCGAAAAUAACGAUCAAUAUUUUUUACGUGGAAACACGUGUAAUGAAGUGUCCUUCUUUUGAUCGCACACUUUGGAACGAGCUUGAAAACAAAGUUUAUUUACCAAGGAGAGAAUUUAAGGAUCACUCGGUUUUUCUGUCUUUCAGAUCACCUGACAACAAAACCGUCAGCAGAGAAAUUGAGUUUGAACCACCGACACUAACAACGAAAGUAGAAACUGUAAUCAAGCCGAGACCUGAGAGUAAACGAGAGCAAGAAACAGAAAACAAUCACAUAAACGUGAAUGAUAACGAUACUAGUGACAGCGAUAACGACGAAAGCAACAAUUCCAGCAAGGACAUUGGAGAUAUUAGGGAAAAAGAUAGCGAUAAUGAAAAAGCUAACUUGAACACCGACAGCAUCGACAACGGUAAAGAUAACCAUAACAAUAACGAUGAUAAUAACAGUGAUGACAAUGACCAGACAGACGAAGGCAAGGAAACACAGAAUACAUAACAGCACUGGGAUUAAAUACAUUUUUUAUAGGUUUAUUGUAUUAAUUUUGUCAUAACCUUAAAUGUUAUUCGCUCCUUUGUUUCGAAAUUAUUAGUCAACC